UUAUAAGCAUCUCUCCUGUGUGGUGUAAGCUAACAGUGAAGGCCUAUGCUGCUAUAUUCUAAUGUUGGUCAUCAUUGUGGUACUCAGGGAGCUCAGUCUUUUCUCAGGUGGUACAGAGUACAACAAGUUUGAGAACCACUGCUCUACAUUCGCUCGUGUGGGUUAAAUAACUGCAAAAGUCCAGCCAACUUAUAAUGUGCAGGACAUAAAACACAUUAUUGGAACAACCAACAAUAACAGGACACAAAAGUGGACAGACUGUAAUAUUACAGGAGGAGUCAGUCUGUCAGAAGCAGAACAGAAAAGAAUAUCAGUAAAACUUUUAUUUUACAGCUUUACAGCUCAUCACCACGGUGCGCAAAGUGUGUAGUUCUGUGGAGGAAAAUAUGUCCCUUUAACUGGAGUGCGCUCUUCUGCUGACUCUGUGACUUUCCCCUCCCUCCUAUAUAAACGCAGAGCCCCACCAUCUGCAGUCACUUCUCCUCUGAUUCGGUCAACAUGAGUUUUACGGCGGAGCAUCACUUCUUCGGGCCGACUUCGUACCGCAAGGCUCGUGCGGUGUCCGUGUCCUCCAGCGGUUUCCACUCACAGCGCCGCCGCCUCACCUAUAGUCAGCCGUCCACCGCCGAGAGUCUGGACGCCUACAACGGAGACAUGACCAGGAGGAGCGAGAAAGAGAUUCUGCAGGCUCUCAACGACCGCUUUGCCGGUUACAUAGAUAAGGUGCGCAACCUGGAGAUGCACAACCGCAACCUAGAGGCAGAAGCCGCGGCUCUGCGCCAGAGCCAGGCAGGGCGCGCCUCCAUUGGAGAGCAGUACGAACAGGAGCUGAGUGACCUGAGGAACAUCCUGCAGCAGCUGACCGGAGAGAAAGCCCGAACGGCUCUGGAGCAUGACCACCUGGAGGAGGACAUUCAGCAGCUAAGGGCCAGGCUUGAAGAUGAGGCGCGUAACCGGGAGGAGCUGGAAGCUGCAGCUAGAGCCAUGAAGAAGUAUGCCGAGGAGUGUCGUCUGGCUCGCCUGGAACUGGACAAGAAGCUGAGAGCCCUGGAGGACGAGGCAGUCUUUCUCAAGAAGAACCACGAAGAAGAAGUGUCCGAGCUCCUGGCCCAGAUUCAGGGAGCGGAGGUGAGCUUCGACAUGAGGGACUCUCUGAAGGCUGACGUUACCAGCGCACUGAGGGAGAUCCGAGCACAGCUGGACAGUCACGCAUCCAAGAGCACCACGCACGCCGAGGAGUGGUUCAAGGUGCGUAUGGAUCACCUGUCUGAAACUGCGAGGUCUAACCAGACUGCAAUCCGCACGACGCAGGAUGAGAUUGCAGACUACCGUCGACAGCUCCAAAACCGCACUAUUGAGCUGGAGACCCUCCGAGGAACCAAGGAGUCAUUGGAGAGGCAGCGUUUGGAGAGCGAAGACAGACACCAUGAUGAUCUCAACUCACUACAGGAGACCAUUAAUCAGCUGGAUAACGAGCUGAAAACCACCAAAUGGGAGAUGGCCAGCCAGCUGAAGGACUACCAGGACCUUCUGAAUGUAAAGAUGGCCCUGGAUAUUGAGAUUGCAGCUUACAGGAAGUUGUUAGAAGGAGAGGAGAAACGCUUUGUGCUGGGAGGAGGUGUGUACUCUUACCUGGAAGGCAGACUCUCUUCUCACCUAAAAAUGAAGGGAGAGGAGAUCUCAGACACAGUCAUAGUGGAGGAACAGACAGACGAGACCCAGGUGACAGAAGUAACCGAGGAGGCAGACGAGGAGGCAGACAAGGAGGAAAAAGAAGAAGAGGAGGAGGAAGAGGGAAAAGAAGAAGAAGAAACUAAAGAUGAGGGAGAGGAAGGCCAGGAGGAAGAAGAUAAUGAAGUUGAGGAAGAGGUAGAGGAAGAACAGGAAGAAGAAAAGGAGGAAGUAGCAGAUGACAAGAAGGAAAAAGAGGAGGCAGGCGAGUCUGAAUCACCAGAAAAGGCUGCAUCCCCUCCUUCAAAAUCCCCACAACCAGAAUCUCCUGUCAAAUCCCCAGAAUCUAAAUCUCCACAAAAAUCACCAGCUUCUAAAUCACCUGCUAAGUCACCUGCAGUCAAGUCCCCUGCAGGAGAUGAUUCAAAGUCACCUGCACCAAAGUCACCUGUGUCAAAAUCCCCACCCAGUAAAUCCCCUGAAGCCAAAUCUCCUUGCCCUAAAACCCCAGAACCAAAGUAUCCAGAGAAGGAAAAACCAGCCCCUGGCAAAGAUAGUCCUAAAACUGAGAAAAAGGAGGAGAAACAUCAGCCCAAGGAAGAUAAGAAAGAAAAAGAAGAGCCUGUAAAGGAGGAGAAGAAGGAGACACCCAAAGUGCAAGAGCCAGAGGAGAAAGCAGACAAAGCUGACUCAAAGAAGGAGAGCAAAGAGGAAACUACAAAAAAGGAUGAUGCUUCAAAAACUGCUCCCAGCAAGCCUGCAGAAGGCAAACCCACCCCAAAGACUGAGGCUAAAGAAAGCAGUGCCUCUGCCAAGGAGAAGCCCACUGCUCCAAAAGCAGAGAAGGCAGAACCUGAAGCAAAGCCUGCCUCUAAGGUAGAACCAGAGAAAAAAGAGAGCAAGACUGGAGAGAAGGAGCCCGAGAAGCCAGCGCCUAAAGCUGAGCCUGAAAAGGCUGAGACAAAAAAAGAGGAAAAACCAUCCCCAAAACCAUCUCCCGAAAAAACAGACACGAAAAAAGAGGAGAAACCAGCUCCCAAAGUUGAGCCUGAAAAAACAGACACGGAAAAAGAAAAAAAAACAGCUCCUAAAGCUGAGCCUGAAAAAACAGAGGUGAAAAAGGAGGAAACGCCUGCUCCUAAAGCCGAGUCUGACAAAGCAGAGAGCAAAAAAGAUGACAAGAAGACAGAGGAGAAAAAGGACACAAGUAAAGAAGAAAGCAAGGCGGUGAAAGAUGCAGGAAAGGCAGAAAAAUCAUCUGCCACUGAAUCAAAGGAGACAAAGGAGGAGAAGACCAAGAAGUAAAAGUGAGAAGCCGUGGUGGAGAUGCCAAAGAACCUCUAAGGGUGGGCAAGGUAGAGACGCUGGAGGUUUCCAGGUGUCCACAGACUGACACCGAAGUGUUUCAAUAAUGCAGGUAAUGGUAUGUAAGCAAUAGUGCUUUCUGUAGCAAAUAAUCCCCCGCUGCCCAUGUAUGACCAUGACUCUCCCUGAUGCUUCUGAUGUAACUGUAGUGAAUGCUGAAUGCUCUAAGCUCCUCAUCUGAAUGUGACGACUGCCUCUAACAAAUAAGUGCAUCUACACUAGAAACGCACUGACAGGGACUGCAGGGGUCGCUGUAACACAUCUUCUACAUUUCACGAUGUAAAAAAUCAUGUCAAGUUUAAGUUUGUGACAGAUGUCUAUUUAAAGAGAUACAAAUGUCUAUAUUAUAUUUACAGAUACACUUCACUGACGAAAGACUUGAAUUUUGCUUGUUGUGCACCUUAACGCAGCUUCUCGUACCAGGUGAACUGCAUUGUCUCACUCCUCUGGUCUGCAGUGCUACGACAAUGAUGACUGUGCUAUGUAUAAACUGAGAAUAUGCAAUACGAAACAGCUAAUAAAGGAGGAAAAAUGAAAAGCUA